AUGCCAAGUGAGGUCAAGAAGAGCCUCCACAGCAGCGCUGGGAUAAAGGCAAUGGUUGGAGAUCAUUGGGAGCAGCUGCAAUCCUCGCAACUGGGUCUGGGAAGAUGGUUGACCGGUCAACCCGGUCAGGCACAAGUUGGGGUACAACCCCCGCAACUAUGGCCUUGGGCAAAACCACUUAGUUCGCUGGAACAUCUGGAACUGCACCCCCCAAAAUGUAAAAAAACAUGCUUGGUUCAUGUACAAAUGAUCAUCAGACACCCAUUGUAA